AUGCGCUUCUCCGCCUCUGCCAUCGUCGCGGCCCUGCCGCUCCUCGCGUCCGCCGCGCAGGAGGACCCCUUCGCGCAGUACAAGGCGCAGCUGCAGAACAUCCUCAACACGGCCGUGUCCUACAUCCCCAACCCGGGCAAGCAUGACCCCGUCGCCGCGCUCGAGGCCAAGAUGGGCUCCAUGCGCAUGUCGACCCUCACCCUCGAGAACUGGAGGGACACCCUGACCGAGCACGUCACCCCCAAGACCACCGUCCCCGACGAGUGGUGGGUGCUCAUCUCUGGCCGCAACAAGACCUGCUUCGGCCACUGCGGCAAGAUCGAGCAGGCCUUCAACGAGACGGCUGCCAAGUUCGCCAUCACCCCCGGGUCGCCGCGCAUGGCCUACCUCAACUGCGACGACCAGCCCAUCCUGUGCAACAGCUGGGGCGUCGGCACCGGCUAUGUCUGGUCCUUCAACAUGCUCCCGCCCCCCGCCCAGAUUGACAUCUACAAGAAGAGACUCAACUUCACCACGACUGCCUCCUCCGACCUUGUCGCCGCCUCCAAGAGCAAGGAGGGCCACGGCUGGGUCAAGCUCGACUCCUGGUUCCACCCCUUCGAAGGCAAGGCUGCCGAGCUCGGCCUGGCCGUCCCGUGGGGCUACCUCGUCUGGGGCUUCAACCUCGUCCCCAACUGGCUCUUCAUGAUCCUCGUCUCCUUCAUCAGCCGAAGCAUGAUGUCCAACCGCAUGAACACCAUGGGCAACGAGCGUCGCCCCGGCGCCGCUGGCUCCGGCGCCCGGCCUGCCGCUGCGGGUUCCUCGUAG